AUGAGUCUUGUCGCACGAUUCUUUUCAGACGAGUCUUACAGACUAGUCUUUUUAGUUGAGUCUUUAGAGAUGUCUCUUUACAGACAUGUCUUUUCACUCGUGUCUUUACAGACAAGUUUUUUCAGUCAUGUCUUUACAGAUGUAUCUUUUCAGUCGUGCAAGUCUUUUCAGUCGUGUCUUUACAGACGAGUCUUCUCAGUCUUUUUACAGUUUUCAGUCGUGUCUUUACAGACGAGUCUUCUCAGUCGUAUCUUUACAGGCAAGUCUUUUCAGUCGUGUCUUUACAGACGAGUCUUCUCAGUCGUAUCUUUACAGGCAAGUCUUUUCAGUCGUGUCUUUACAGACGAGUCUUCUCAGUCGUAUCUUUACAGGCAAGUCUUUUCAGUCGUGUCUUUACAGACGAGUCUUUUCAAUCGUGUCUUACAGUUGAGUCUUUUCAAUCGUGUCUUUACUGACGAGUUUUUCAGACGGGUCUUUACAGAGUCUUUUCAGUCGUGUCUUUACAGACGCGUCUUUUCAGUCGCGUCUUUACAGAGGGGUUUCAAUCGUGUCUUUACAGAAGAGUCUUUUCAGUCGUGUCUUUACAGAGUCUCUUCAGUCGUGUCUUUACAGAAGAGUAUUUUCAGUCGUGUCUUUACAGACGAGUUUUUCAGUCGUGUCUUUACAGAGUUUUUCAGUCGUGUCUUUACAGACGAGCCUUUUCAGUCGUGUCUUUACAGACGAGCCUUUUCAGUCGCGGCUUUACAGAGGAGUUUUUCAGCCGUGUCUUUACAGACGAGUUUACAAUCGUGUCUUUAUAGACGAGUCUUUUCAGUCGUAUCUUUACAGACGAGUUGUUCAGUCGUGUCUUUACAGAGGAGUUUUUCAGCCGUGUUUUACAGACGAGUUUACAAUCGUGUCUUUAUAGACGAGUCUUUUCAGUCGUGUCUUUACAGACGAGUUUUUCAGUCGUGUCUUUACAGAGUUUUUCAGUCGUGUCUUUACAGACGAGCCUUUUCAGUCGCGUCUUUACAGAGGAGUUUUUCAGUCGUGUCAUUACAAACGAGUUUACAAUCGUGUCUUUAUUGA